GCCGCGAGGAGCUUUCCCCCGCAUCGCAUCGCAUCGCACCACCACAUCGAACCCCGCCAGUUGAACUACGCAACAGACGUUACGAACGGACAAAUCAAGCCCUACGCAAAAAGGAAAAGAGAAGAACAAAAUGAAAGACAGCAAAGGAUGGGACGGCAAGCUGCGCGUCGGCGACGGCCCCAAAGCGAUCAUCACCAACCCCGAAGCCCUGGAAGACCCCGAUUACUCGGAUGAGGAUGCGCCGCCUGUGGAGGAGAUAGAGGCUGAUGAGGACUUGUUGGUGGAUGAGGAUGUUGAUACUGAGGAAAUCGAUUUGGUACAUUUUCGCAUUAGCUCCAUUGCUGCGUUGCGGUUGGAGAGGUUUUCCAAGGUCAAGCGUCUCUGUCUCCGACAAAAUCAAAUCCAACGGAUCGCGUUCCCCACCAACGUCGCGCAGUCGCUCGUCGAACUCGACCUCUACGAUAACCUCAUCGGCCACGUCAAAGGCCUCGACGAAUUCACAGAUCUGAAGAGUCUCGAUCUCAGUUUCAACAAGAUCAAGCAUAUCAAGAACGUGUCGCACCUUACAAAGCUGACGGACCUGUACUUCGUGCAAAACAAGAUCUCGACGAUCGAGGGGCUGGAGGGGCUGACGGAGUUGAGGAAUUUGGAGCUGGGCGCGAAUCGCAUUCGAGAAAUCGAAAACCUCGACUCGCUUAAGUCCCUAGAAGAGCUGUGGCUGGGGAAGAAUAAGAUUACUGAACUCAAGAACCUGGACUCUCUACCAAACCUCCGCAUCCUCUCCAUCCAAUCGAACCGGCUCACCAGUUUGCAAGGGCUCUCCAAACUGCCCAAUUUGGAAGAACUAUACGUCUCGCACAAUGCCAUCACCGACCUCAGCGGCCUGGACGCCAACUCCUCGCUGCGCGUCCUCGACAUCUCCAACAACCAGAUCUCCAAACUAGAGGGACUGUCGCACCUGACGCAGCUGGAGGAGCUGUGGGCGUCGAACUGCCAGCUGGCGAACUUCGACGAAGUGGAGCGCGAGCUGCGCGACAAGGAAAAGCUGGAGACGGUGUACUUCGAAGGAAACCCGUUACAGAUGCGGGGACCGGCUGUCUACCGGAACAAGGUGCGGUUGGCUAUACCGCAUAUCAAGCAGAUUGACGCGACCUAUGUACGAGUUUAACCCGGCAAAUUGGACCGAAAGAGAGAAAAAGGCAGGACUGGAAUCAAGCAUUUUACACGUAGGCAUCU